AUGAAAAAUAUCAAUAAGCAAGAAUUUGUUAAUUUGAACUCAAGUGUUAGCGGAGCCGACUCCCUUCCCGGUGAUUUGAGCGAUAUUAUCAACAGUUUCGACAUUGGAGAAAUGAUGGACAGAGUUGCUGACUUCGAUUUAAACAGAGAAUGCGGCAAAAUGAACUCGAUCGAGGACGGAGUCGCCUGCUUGGAAAAGGGAAUCGGCCAUAUUGUCGAUCUUUCAGCCGAGGGAAUCAUCGACCAAAUUGACAUUGUCAACCAAAUGAAGGAUGUUUUCGGGGGUUUGGGUGACGAAUUCGGCCUCGGAAAUGGAAAGAAGAAAGCGUCGUUUGGUUCUUCCUCCAAAAGAGGCUCUUCUUCCCGCGGAAAGAGAUCGACUAAAAAUGCCGAUAUCAUCGGCCAGAUGGCGGACGCGUUCGGAGACUUGGGAGGUCUUGGAAGCAAAAAAGGAGGAUCGAAAGGAUUUGACUUGGGCGGACUCGAAGGACUUCUGAAAAAUCUUUAA